AUGUCCUCUUCUGAUAACGCCAUGGGGACUUAUCCAGACUCCGGGCUUUCCAGAUCAUCAAGUAGAGUUCCGGUUUCUCAAAGAACUGGUCUUCUUGCCUUCUUGACCCUUGUACCAGAAUACUAUAACCCCCGUGAAUACAAAAAAAACGUUAAAUAUAUCUUGGUUGUGGUGGUGGCAAUUGCCGCAAUCACUGGUCCAAUGGGUACUUCGAUCAUGUUACCAGCUAUCCAUGAUAUCGUUGAUGAACUAGACACUUCAACGUCGAUUGUUAAUGUCUCGGUGGGGAUUUACCUUUUAUCCUUGGGGAUAUUCCCCUUGUGGUGGUCUUCAUUUAGUGAAAGACAUGGAAGACGGUCAGUUUAUAUCAUUUCAAAUAUUAUUUUUUUUGCAUUCACCUUAGGGUCGGCUCUAUCACCAAAUAUCGCCGGUCUAAUCAUUUUGAGAUUCUUGAGUGGUUGUGGUGGUUCUGCAGUUCAGUCGGUCGGUGCUGGAACCAUCGGUGACUUGUUUGCUCCUCACGAGCGUGGUGCUGCAAUGGGGGUCUACUAUCUUGGUCCUCUCUUGGGUCCAUUUUUAUCUCCCAUUAUUGGUGGUGCUGUUUCUCAAGCUUUUGGUUGGAGAGCUACCAUGUACACUUUGGUCAUUUUCAUUGGAGUAAGUCUUAUUCUCAUCAUUACCGUACUUCCGGAAACUUGUAAAACUGGCCUUCACGUAAGAGAAGCAAUUCGUGAACAUUUGGAUAAUGAAAAUUUAUUAGAUGAAAAAAAUGAUGAUUUUGUUCAACCAAAUGAUCCUGAAGCUGCUUAUUCUGCAAAUGGGAAAGUUGAACACCAUCCCGUUUCUUCUCGUAAUUCUCAGCAUAGUUAUACCGAAGCAGAUAUUGAACGAAUUGCUUCUAACUUGUCCCGUCAAAAUUCUCGUUCUCAAAAAUCGUAUCUCGAUUUAGAUGAAGAUUAUGAAUUAGCAGUUGAUCCCGUCAUGCCUACUAUUUCAAGAAGAGCUUCUAACGUAUCUAAUGUACCCAAAGGUCAUCAGGAUCAACGUUUCCAUCAUCAAUUAGAUCAAUUAAAUCACGAUGUCUCUCAAGAUGAAAAACCCCAAUCGAAAGAAGAAGUGUCAGGUGGUGAUUCUAAUACUUUGAAACUUGGGGUAUUCGUUUAUGACUACUUAAUUAGACCAACCCAUUCCGUUGUGCUUUUAACUUAUCCUCCGGUUUUGCUAACUAUCACAUAUUCGUCAAUCUGUUUUGCUCUUGUUUACUUCUUUAACAUGACUAUUUCUCUUGAAUAUGCUCGUGCUCCCUACAAUUUCUCGAGUAUCAUCAUUGGUCUAAUGUAUAUUCCUAACUCAGUCACCUAUUUCAUUGGUUCCAUUUUUGGUGGACGCUGGACGGAUCACCUUUUGAAUAAAUAUUCAAAAAGUCACAACGGAGAAAUUGUUCCAGAAUCAAGAAUAUCGUGGAAUAUUGUGGUAGCCGUUGUCUUAUACCCUCCCGCUUGUUUGAUAUUUGGUUGGUGCUUAAAAUUUGGGGAACACUGGGUGACUCCAUUAAUCGGAACUGCCUUAUUUGGGUUUGCUUCAAUGUUGGUCAUCGGAACAACCGUUACCUAUUUGGUUGAUAUUUUACCUGGUAAAGGAGCUACUGGUGUUGCAUUGAAUAAUUUAUGCCGUCAAAUCUUAGCUGCAAUUGCUACAUUUAUAGCAGAACCUCUCUUAAAUGCAUUGGGCGCUGGUAUUCUUUUUUCCAUAUUGAUGGGUAUCAUGCUAGUGGCCACCGGUGCAAUUAUUUUCCUAAAAAGAAGUGGUCAAGCUUUUAGAGGUAAAUAUGACUUAGAUCUGUAUUAUGAAAAGCUCUGA